ACCGGAGUGUAAGUCGAGACAUUUACUCAGUUUAGCACAAGUUGUGUACUGGACCACUCCUGCCCCUCGAUCUACAUUUGCGAAGAAGCAACACGACAUUCAAUCGACCUGAUCUGACCAUCUAAGUACAAGUACUAGCUAAGUCUUUCACCUGUACACCGCCGUAGAAGCAAUGGAUUUCAAGCUAACAGCUCUCUUAUUUGUGGUUUUGAUCGUAGCGGUCGCAGCUUACCCCUCAGAAGACAACAUGAGGGUAAAACGUGACGCCGCAGAUUCUGUGAAAAAGGCGGCGGACGAUGCGGCUAAGGCCCUGAGUGACGCAGGAGAGUCUGCGGUCAACGCCGUCAAACCUACGGAGAAGAGCAUGCUUGAUAAAAUGGCUGACGGAAUCAAAGGACAGUAGUACGUACGAGUAGUUGUAGUAGAACGUAUGAACCAUUGUCCCAAAAUUUACGAAUUCACGACUCUUGAAGUUCUCCAAAUUAGAAUUUAGAAUUUACCUCUCUCUGUUCUUGUUCAUCUUUUAAGUUUGCUUAUCUUUUUACUGAGAAGUUCCAUACAUUUCAUGUGUGUGAAUUUCCUGAAAACUUCAAAGAUACAAUAUUGUUUUCUGUUACUAAGGAUCGUCAAAUGUAGAAAGAAAGAGCAUUUUGGGCGAGAGUGUUCUUGUUCUUGUCUCAUUGAAAUGGUGUUGUUAAAAU